AGUGUGCAGAGAGGAACCACAAGUUAUCUCUUUUCUCUGCAGCUCCUCUCAGACGGUGCAUCUGUCCCCCACCUGCAGCUGAUCUUAUAACCACAGUCACAACAUGAGCAUGCGGAAACUGAGUUCCAAGUGGUUUGGUAGCCUCACCAACCUCUCUUUUCGCCGUUCCAGUGAGAAAUCAGAGUCCAACUCCUCUCAGGCCAAGUGUGGGGCAGGAUGUGUACCUGGAGACGGCACCGACUGUGGCGCUGCCGCUACGCCGUCACUCCUGGAUCCAGUUGUGGAGACGACGGUGGACGACAUGGGUGCCAUGCGUCCUCGCACUGCCAGCUACGUCCGCUCCAGUGAGAGCUACACACACCUGGGUACGCUGCCCCGGCUACUGAGGAGGAGGAGAGACAAGAGUAGUAAAGGAGGCCCCAGCAGCAAUAAGAACAGUAAAGACAAGAGCAGCAUCGGCAGAAGUCAAAGCCAGCGACCUGCAGGGGACCAAGACCGUGCGCCCCGAAGGCCCACAUCCAAAGAUUCUGGAGAUGAAGCUGGAGCUAAAGCUGACACUGGGCUCGGCAAAGACUCCUUCACUGAUCCCGAGACCCAGCCUGAACCUACACGUGAAACUGAUGUCACGAGCACCCUCUCUGCCAUGCCGUCAUCUGGUGGCUCAAGUGUUGCACUCCAGCCAGAGACUUGUGACGAGCAGAACUUGAACCCUGAGGAGACUUCAUCGCCUCCACCCAGCCGGGAGGAGGAUGAGUCCUGGACACGUGAAAAUGAUGAGUUAGAGUCCGGGCCUGCAUCGGACCCAAAGGUGGAGGCAGAGAGCCGAGAGCUGACAGAAGGAAACCCACAUUCUGACAGCAUUUACUGCCGCAUGGAGCCAUCGGAGAGCCAGGUGGAAUAUGUGCAGUUCUCCAAGGAGAAGUAUCUGCUGGAGUCUCCUCCUGAGAAACUUCGUAAGGAGUUGGAGGAGGAGCUAAAACUGAGUGCUGCUGACAUCAGGAGCCAUGGCUGGUACCAUGGACACAUACCCAGAGAGGUGUCCGAGAGUCUGAUUGUCCGUAAUGGAGACUUCCUUGUGCGUGACUCUCUGACCAGCGUGGGCGACUUCGUACUGACCUGUCGAUGGGACAAUGAGGUGCUGCACUUCAAGAUCAGUAAAGUACUGGUCAAAUCCAACGAGACCAAGGUGCAGUAUGUGUUGGAGUCCGACAGCUUCGACUCGGUCCAGGAGCUCGUGCGGUUUUAUAUUGGCCAGCGCAAACCGGUCUCCCAGUCCAGCGGUGUCCACAUCUACUGUCCGGUGAGCAGGACGCUCCCUCUGCGCUACCUGGAGGCCACCUUCGCUCUGGCCAUCAGCAAGCAAAGCUCCGCCUACUCCCCAUCCAGUCAGAGGGGAGCGCAUAUCAAGAGACGGAGCGUCACCAUGACGGAUGGGCUGACGACGGAGAAGAUGAUACCUCACAGCCCGUCGACAAUCCACCACCAUAAAGACGCAAUGCGGAACUGUGCGAUGAGCAUGGACCAGAUUCAGGAGUAUCGCUGCCCCUUGUCACCUGUUGGGGAAACCCCACUGUCUCCUGCAUAUAGUGCUAUCACCAGGCAGAGAGCCCACUCAAGCGGGAGGGCCCUGGCUGUCGUCCCUCCCUCCCCCCAGAUGCGUCGUUCCAGCGACCCUCAGCUUAGCCCCUCAGCGAGUAACAACCCUCCAGAGCAUCCCGCGCAUACCUCUCACUCGGCGCACUGCACGCCCGCCCAUCUUCCCAGCUACCAAUCACAUUCCUCAGAAACAGCAGGGAGCUACUGUGACCUCGGACCUUGCCCCGCUGGGCCCGCUGGGCCCGCGGGGCCUCCUAAACCCCCGACCAAGAGCUACGUGGAGCGAUUGCGAGUGGAAGAAGGGAGGGGGGACGGAGCGAGGGCGGAGGGAAAUGGGAUGUUCAGCGCUCCACAGGUGGAGACGGCGUCCUCGUUCAGGCCGUCCAGGUACGAGUCUUGCCUAAUGCCAGCUGAGAAUAAGCCUCUGGAGAUGUUGGUGCUGAAGAGAGUCAAAGAGCUGCUGGCUGAGGUGGAUGCAAAGACCGCGGCUAAACACAUCACCAUGGCGGACUGCACGGUGGCUAGAAUAUUAGGUGUAACCUCAGAGAUGCAAAGGAUGAUGGGAGUGUCCUCAGGGUUGGAGUUACUGACACUACCACAUGGACACCAGCUAAGACUUGACCUACUGGAGAGGUUCUAUACCAUGUCUAUCAUGAUGGCAGUGGACCUGCUAGGCUGCACGGGAAGCACAGAGGAGAGGGCGGCGCUGCUCCACAAGACCAUCCAAUUGGCAGCAGAGUUGAAAAGCAACCUGGGCAACAUGUUUGGCUUUGCUGCAGUGAUGAGAGCCCUUGAGCUGCCACAGAUUUCCCGGCUGGAGCAGACGUGGGUGACUUUACGCCAGAGACACACAGAGGGAGCUAUUCUAUAUGAGAAGAAGCUAAAACCUUUCAUGAAGAAUAUGAACGAUGGCAAAGAGUCAAAUGCCCUCUCCAGCACCUCUGUGCCCCACAUCAUCCCCGUCUUGUCCUUAUUGGAGCGGGGCAUGGCGGUUGGGGAGUUGCUGGAGCCCUGGGAGAGUGCCGAAGUGGGAGUAGAUGUGGUCAUGUACCACCUAGAGGCAGCUCGCACCAUCGCACAUCACGGGGGGAUCUACAGAGCCAACACUGAGACCAAACUGCAGGGAUUCCAGGAGCGAGCAGAAAUACAUGAGAUCUUCCAGACAGAGUUUCAGAUGCGUCUCCUGUGGGGCAGCCGCGGCUCUGAGGGCAGCCAAUCGGAGCGCUACGAGAAGUUCGACAAGGUUCUCACCGCUCUUUCACACAAGCUUGAGCCUCCUGUGCGCCACAGCGAGCUAUAGCACCUGACCCAACAACAUCUCCAACAGCCCCAUCUGCACACACCACUCAUUGUGGUAUGGUCUUUUUGGUUUUGCAUCGUAAAGGAUGAUGUGAUAGAGUCCGGCGUGAACACUGGGAAGGGGGAGGGGGGGUGAAUGAAGAGGCAGCUAACAGAUCAUGAGCAGAGUGUAACAGAAAAGAGGGUCUCACUUAUAACACGUGUUACGCUCAAUGUGUACUUCUCUUUCUGUUCCUUCCUUUGGACUUCCUCAAGCAAAGUGGAAAAGAAGAAGAAGAAGAAGAAGAUGGAGGAGGAGGGUGACCCGCUCCUCUGCAUGGUACAAACAGUAACAUGUGUACAGUGGCUCUCGAGGGCCACACAGAGCUGCAGAGUUUGGAUUUGCUCCAAUAAAACAGACUCUUGUUUCAAACAACUGCUGUCACACACUGUAGCAGGAAUGCUAACAAUAACUUGCAUAGCUCAUAUAGAUGUUUUGUCUUUGUGAGUGUGUGUCUGUGUGUAUGUUUGUUUACAUUCCUUUAUUUUUGUAUGUCAUUAAUGUUUCAUGUAUUUGUCUUUAUGUUAUUUAUUUGUUUUGAUCAAAGGAUAUCUAGACAUCAUGGACGUUGCUUCACCAAACUCAUGAGAAUCUGCUAAAGCCUAUUCUGAGGGAACCAUAUUCAUAAAACCUAAUUAAAUAUGUAUCAAGCUGUCCCUUUGAAUCGCAUUAAAAAUGUAUCUGGCAUGCAUUAAUAAAUGUGUCAGAAAUUAAACAUUUGCAGAAGUAAUGCAGCAACUUCAAUAUGAGGGCUUUGCGAGUUGUUAAAAAAGACAAAGCGACUUCCCUCUGUUGCAUCUGUGUGACUAAUACAUUUGAUAUUGUGUUUCUAGUGCACAUCAUUUAGCUCAAAGCAGCACUAAGACAGAAGAAAAUGGGAUGUACACUCUUUACAUUUUGUUUAAGCAACUUGGUAGGUUUCAGUUUAAGUUGCAGAAAUAACAAAUGUUUGGUGCAUGCAGCUACAAAUCUUAGUAAAAUGUUGCUCAAAACUACUAAUUCAAAUAUAAACGUGUCAAACUUGAGAAAUAAGCAGAUAAUAAUAGUGAUGAUCUUUCAGGUCUGUAAAAUAAUCCAAAUUGAUACCAAACAGACAGAGAAAUCUGUUAUUUUUCUCCAGUUUGAAAACCAAUACAUAGAUCACAGCCCUUCUGCAGGGAAUGUCUUUUGAUUGUAUGUUUUGAGUUUGUGUUUCAGCAAUGGAGCUAAUCCUUUUAUUGCUAUGGGGUUUUGUUAUGGAUGUGGACCUGAGAGGGCUGCAGCUGACUCAGAGCUGUUCCAUCAUUGCAACCAAGGGUUGAAACCCCUGAGGUACAGGCACCCAUUCACAAAAUUCACUUGUUGCCCCCCA